AUGUCCGGUCCUGAUGUUCAGGUUGGCUCCUGGAAGCCUCACAAGCCCAGAGGUCCCAUAUCUGCUCACUACACCAGUCCUGGGCCCAAAUAUGCUCUUCCUCCACUGAUAGGUAACAAAAAAAAAGGGUACAGUUUUGGGAAAACUCACUGUAAGCUCAGCUCUGAUCGUUCCCCUGGACCAAAAUACCUGCUACCUUCCAACGUCACCAGAGUGGGCCGAGAUGGCAUCCCCGCUUUCUCAAUCCACAGUCGUAUUAAAGACCCAGAGCCGUUCCUCGUGCCUGGACCAGGUCCAGCUGCUUACACGCUACCCCCUGUGCUGGGGCCACACACUUUGACCACCACUACUGCUCCCAGUUACUCACUUUAUGGCCGUAGCAACAAGGGCGGCUUCCAAGAGGACUUGCAGAAGAGUCCUGGACCUGGCACCUACAAAGUUGUUGACCCCUGUGUCUCCAAAAGAAGGGCUCCUUGGUACAGCAUGAGAGGCCGCAACAUCAUCUCUUAUGACACCAGAGAGACACCUGGGCCUGGAACAUACUACCCUGAGCAGGUGACCCUCACAAGACAGAAAGCUCCUAGCUUUUCCUUUGGAGUGCGUCAUUCAGAAUACAUCGUACCCCUCAGUGAGAAUGAAGAUAACUGA